CCGAAAGACGUGUCAGCGGUCAGGAAUGGUCAGGGCAUCAAAGGAUAGAGCGAGAAGGCAGGUGUAUGGGGUUGAGUGGGAUCCGGGAUCAGCCAUGAUGGAAUGACGGAGCAGAUUCGAUGGGCUGAAUGGCCCAAUUCUCCUCCUAGUAGGGUAGGAACCGCAAGGGACUUGCGGACAGGAACCGCGGACGCGACAACGCUGGUAUCAGUGGGUUCACCAGCACGCGAAUGCCAUCGAUCUUCGAAUGUGGAGGAGACGCUCACCAGCCCCAGGGAGAGCUAAAAAUCGGGCUCAGUGAAGGGGUGAGAUUUGAAUAGACCCACCUGGAGACAGACCCGCCUUCGGGUCAUUGAAGGAGUGGCCACAUAUUUUCUGUGUAUCUCGCCAGAACUGGAAAAGUGCAUCUGCUAUUUGUCUUAAAAUCUAUUGAUAUCACACCAGCAUCUGUUCGCUGGAGAUCAGUUCUUCAACUGCAUUCAUUGUGCAAGGAAUUCACCAUGUCUGACAUCUGACUUGAUGAAUCGUCAGAGAAUUGAUAGCAGGGAGAUUUCAAUCCCCCGCUCUCGGUGUGGGAAGGGAUUCACUCGCUCGGCUGACCCGCAGACACAAAGGUGAGUUCGCUGUGGAGAGAGGCCGUGUGUGGGAGGGGAUAUUCUCAGUCAUCCAGACUGAAGAUACGCCACGGAGAGACGGUUCCCCCCGUUGUGACUGCGGGAAGCGAUUCACUCUGCCAGCCACGCUGAAGAUGCUUCAGAAAGUUCACACUGGUUAAGAGGCCGUUCACCUGUGUUUGGGAGGAGAUUCACUUGCGUGGCCUGCCAGCAGACAUUUCAUUCAGUUUGCAAGAGAGAGAUCCUGUGUGGGGAGGGAUUCACUCCCUCAUCCAGUCAGAAACCAGAGUUCACACAGGGGAGAGGCCGUUAUCCUGCUCAGAGAGUAGGAAGGGUUUAAUUUCACGUGUAGACACUCCAGCGAGUUUUCAGUGCAGAGAUGGCGUUCAUCUGUACAGUGUGUGGGAGGAGUUUCAAUCAGUCGUCUCACCUCCACAGACACAAGCGAGUUCACACCGGAGAGAGGCCGUUCUCCUGCUCUCAGUGUGGGAAGAGUUUCAAUCAGUCGUCCAUCCUGAAGAGGCACCAAAAGCGAUUUCACACCGGGGAGAAGCCGUUCGCCUGCUCCGAGUGUGAGCUGAGAUUUACUCAGUCGUCUGAACUGCAGGCACACCAGCGAGUUCACAAGGGGGAGAGGCCGUAUAUCUGCUCCGACUGCGGGAAGGGGUUCAUUCGGUCGUCCCAGCUGCUGACGCACCAGCGAGUUCACACCGGGGACAGGCCGUACACGUGCUCUGAGUGCGGGAAGGGAUUCACUCGGCUGUCCCACCUGCAGUCGCACGAGUUCAUUCACACUGGGCAGAGGCCUUUCGCCUGUUCGGUGUGCGGGAAGCGAUUCAUCCGGUCGUCCCACGUUCUGUCACAUCAGCGAGUUCAUAAAACAUAGAACAGUAGGGGGGACGUCACGUGAUGACGUAGGAUCGAGACCUGGAAAUCCAGCUCUCCCGUAAAAAUCAGUAAAUUAAUGUUUAAGUGAAGAAAAGUUAGUAAAUACUUUCUAAAAGUUUCUUAUAAACUACUCAGGAUUGUUCCAAAAUAUGUCUCUUAAGCAGAAGCAGAAGAAAACUACUACCUUGAAGAUGUCACAAGUUGGAAAAGAAUCGGGGCCGGCUGCCACGAAAGAGCCUCGGGCUCAAGUGCAUUUUACUUCCGGCAAUACAGAACACGAAGCUGCGGCAACAUCAAUCGUCUCCAAAGAAAAAGAGCAACAGGAAUUGUGCAUGCGUGAAGGAAGGGGCAUGCGCAAACACGAGCAACCCAAACUACAAAUCCCAGCUACGAUCGGAACUGGAAGUGAAAGUGAAUCUGAGGCAGAUUCAGGUUCUCUGGAUAAAUCAGACGAAGAUGAAGGUAAAAGUUUUUCUGGAGACAUAGGAAAAACUUUGGUGCAAAUAAUGCAUGAAUUAAAAGCAUUAAAAAUAAUUUACAAAGAUAUUAAAAAUAUGAAGAUUAUGUUUGACAAUGAUGAAAAAACAGGACAAAAUGGAUAAGAAAAUUAAAGACUUGGAAGAAACAACGGGAGACAUCAUUGAAAGAAUGAAUAAAAUGGAAGACAGUAUUUCUGCCUGGACAUCAGAAAGAAAACAGUUGUUGGGAAAAGUGGAUGUGCUUGUGUUACGAAGGAUGAACAACUCUGAUGGGCAGAAGGGUGCAGAGUUGCCCAUGCCCCCCCCCCCCUUUGGAGAAUUGCAAACCGUUACUAUUUCGAUGCUGCUAAUGAGAGUGAGAGAGACAAAAGAAAACAUGCCAGGAUAUCUGUUACUGAUAACAGCUUGAGAGAGAACAUAUCCACCAUGUUAUGACUCCCAAAAGACUUAUGGCUGCGGAGAGGGUUGUUUACGUGGUACCAUCCUGCUCAUUAAAAUUCCUCAGUGGACAGCCGGAGUGGGCUGGUUUGAUGGGUUAAGUCAUUCAAACCUGAUUGACACCGGAGACCCCGUGAGUGGGGAUAAAAGUGAGGUCUGGGGUAACACCCCUCAGAUGCACCAGGAGACACACUAGUGAGCAUCAGACACCCACGAGAAAGUGUGGGGCAUGGGGGACCGAACAAAGGAUCGGUCAAUUUCACUCACAGUGGUUAUAGCGAGGCCGGUGGGGACAUGUGUGUGUCUCCACCCUUGCCUGGGUGACGAGUCCACCACGGAAGAACGGUCUAGCUAAAGGACAGCGGGGUCCUGCUUGAAUGGCCACAACAACACAUCGACGAAUCAAGAUCGUAAAGGAAGGUUUGAAAGACAAUAGCUGUCACUGCUGUUUGAUUGCCCUCUCUCUCUCCAACAAUUACAACACAUCGACCAACAACUACCAAUUCAAUAUGACAAUUCAGUAUCCCCUAGACAACGAUAGAGCUUGUUUAUUAUUGAUUAUUAUUAUACCCACACUUUUAGGCUUAGUGUUGCUAACGUGUAUUAUCUGUAUAUUUGCAUUGAUAUCAAUUUGUAUAUUUUACUAAUAAACACUGUUGAAAAUA